AUGGACAUACGGCCGAGCAAUGUGAGGUUCUCCCAUGACUCUAUAAGCCACCGAUUCAGCUGCGGCAGAUUGUUGAUCAACACACUGGCAGAGCUGGAGUCUGGACGCACUCACAUCAGUGUCAUCCCCCUCAUGAAAGUCACAAGAGUUGGUGACCUCUGGUUUGCAUACAACGGGAACCGGCGCCUUUGGGUGUUCAAGAGCCUGGAGACCAAGGGCUUCCUCCGCACCAUCAAAGUCCAGGUUGCCAACCAACAAAUCCCACGCAACAGGUUCACGACGGACAACAUGGGAGUCUCGGUUCGCGUCCGAGGUCAGCCGCAAUUGAACCUGCAAAGCGACACGUCCUCAUCGUCUAGCUCUUGGAAACUUUGGGUAUGCAUCUCUGAUGGUAGAAUAGAGCAGUCGCUGCUGGAUUCCUAUGAUCCAGAGAGUGAUGAGCCUGAUUGCUUGGCGUUGAAUCUUGACGAGCCUGGAUACUUCCUGUUUAGGUCAGAUGGUUCAUGGAAGUACAGAGGCAUGCCAGAUGAUAUGCAUGAUGCGAUUGAAGAGGAGCUGCAAGAGUCAGAUAAUGACCCAUCCAAGGUUUUUUGUGGCAGCGAUGGCCGGUAUUUCAUCGCGUUCGAGCAGGGAAAUCAAAUCUGGGACGGCGCGUCCCGUUCUUUCAGUAAGGCUGUCAGACAGGGGCCAGCAGUAGAGGCCGUGGCAUUUUCUCCCGAUGGCGGCUAUUGGUUGAGACGCGAGGACGGCUCGACCACAUGGUUACGGGUGCCCCGAUCUCUUGACCGCCUUCUCGAGUCGAGCGAGGAAUCCCCAGAAUACGUUUCCAUGUCUUCCAUCGGUGGCUGGUUCGCACGGUUUCCUGAUGGAAGCUGGGAACACCGCAACAUACCAGCUUCGUGCGCUGAGGCAUUGACUCUGAAAGGAGGGCCGGACGUGAGCUGUAUCAGGUGA